GAAGAAUUGCAGCAAACGGACAAAGGCACCUUCCACUGGCAGCCCACAGCGCAUGGCUCAGUGGCCAAGGUCGAGUGUCCGUACGGCGCCUACAACCCGGCCAGCGAGUACAAGUACGCGAGACGAAAGUGCCGUCUGCUGCCCACCGGACAAACAGGGUGGAUGAAGGUCUCGGCGCAACACUGCCGAUACAAGAGCUUUCAGACAGCGGAGAACAUCACCUCCGAAUUAGAGUUCCUGACGCACGAUCCAAGCAACAUCAGCCCGGAGCAGCUGCAGAGCUUUGCCGAUAAGAUUGAGCCUGUCCUCGAAUACGCCAUCAAGGAUAUCAAGAUUGCACAGGCCAUGAUUCACGUGAUCAGCAACUUCCUCGCACUCAAUGACAGCGUCAUCGAAGAAGGAGACGCAAAAGGAAUGGCUGUCGAAAAGCUGGUCUCUCUGGUGGAGCGAUUCACCUCGGAGGUGGUGCUGGGGCCUGGCGCGCUAAUCAUCGAGAACGAGAACCUGGUGGUGAAGGCGGUCGCCUGGUCGCCUAAGCUGCUGUCGCAGGGUCAAGAUUUUCUGAGCUUCUCGUUGCGCUCCAACGGAGACCACUAUCUCCACGAGGACUUCUCUGGAGACGGCGACGAGCAGGAUAACGGAGAUAACAUCGUGAUCGCCAUCCCGUUCGAGGCGCUGUCGAUGGCCAUCAACAGCUCUCUUCUGGCUGCCGGUGAACCCUACCGUCCCAUACACGAGGUGGAGAAGGGACCUCGCAUUGCGUUCAUCUCUUACCGCAACGACAAGUUCUUCCGGCCUAAUCGCCACAGCCCGGUGUCAUUGGUCAGCGCAGGCCAAGUAGUGCUUUCCGCGAAGAUCGGCGACAGCAAGAUCGAAAAUCUCACCGAUCCUUUGGUCUACUCGUACCCGACAUACAACGCUGAGCGGUACAUCUGUGCUUUCUGGGAUGAGCGCCGUAAGGAGUGGUCUACCACCGGCAUGACGACAAACCACUCGGCAAACGUGACCGUGUGCACCUCGACGCAUAUGACUGCGUUUUCGCUGCUCUUGGACCCUCUUCCGGAAAAGGCCACGGCACGCCACCACUACCGGAUUCUUUCACUCAUAUCCUACGUAGGGUGCAUCAUGUCUGUCGUCGGUCUGUUCUUCACGAUAUUGACCUACGCUCUUUUCAGAUGCUUGAACAAGGACCGGUCGGGCAAGAUCCUGCUCAACCUGUGUUCGGCGAUGCUCUUCCUGAAUGUCUCUUUCCUGCUGGGCUCAUUACACGAGCGCUUCCCCAGGCUCGAACUGUGUCUCGGCGCGGCCGUGGCCACUCACUACUUCCUGCUCGCCUGCCUCGCGUGGAUGGGUGUUGAGGCAUCCAACAUGUACCAGAUGUUGGUGCACGUGUUCGCUUCUUCCGAGACGUGCUUCAUGCUCAAGCGCAUCCUCAUCGCCUGGGGAAUACCGGCUGUUAUUGUUGGAACGUGUCUGGCCAUAGACUUGGAGCCUUAUAGGGAUCAAGAUGACUACUGCGUGAUAUCAUCCAUCAACCCGUUCAUCUACUACAUCGCAUUCCUGGGCAUCUCCUGCUUCAUCCUCUUCGUCAACUUGCUCGUCUUCAUCAUGGUGACUCGCGUGCUGUUCAAGCCGCGCAUGGCCGAAGCCAACGCGAAGGCCGCCAAUCACAACUCGAGCUCCGGCUCCAGCCCCGCCGGUGCUGCCAACCCGUCCAUCACCGUGGCGCAAGUUCGCGGCGCCUUCACCGUCAUGACCCUGCUGGGCGUCACGUGGAUAUUCGGCGUGUUCGCCGUGGGCGAGGCCAAGACGGUGUUCCAGUACGUCUUCUGCGUGUGCAACUCGAUGCAGGGUUUCCUCAUCUUCGUGGUGAGAGUGCUGCAGUACCCGGAGGCACGAGCGUCCUGGGCGCAGCUCGUCACCACGGGAACGUUCAAGAAGCACCGCGGUGGAGCGGUGCCCGCGGGAUCCUGGUGCACCAACUCGAAUCCCAAGCAAAACAGCCAUUCGUCCAUGGUGCGGGUUACGUCCAGCAGCACGGACAGCACCAGUACCGUGGUAUUCAACAGUAACAUCUGGAGCAAGGGUGGUGGAGCAGCAGGCGCCAGGGACCACCCCGCGAUACUGCCCCGUUUCUCGGGUGUCCGAAGGUUGCUCAAGAACUCGAACGUACAGAAGGACGACAAGGGUGCAGGAACACUGCCUAAGAAGAUCAAGUCCUCGCACAAGGUGGUCAAUGACGAGUCUGAUUCCAAGGAGAAUCACAAGGAAUUUUACUCCUCUGAACAUCAAGUCACAUCUGUGGUCCCAGACCUCUACUCAGGCCAAGAGCAGGAAAUCAUAAAGACCAACAGCGUGAAGGCGUCCGAUCCUCUAAACCAUUUCAACGAUCAGUCGCGCAACAUGACCACAACCAUGGGCUUGGGGAGCGAGCAAAAAGCCCACAUCUUGUUCGCCUACGCCGGUGGCGAGACCACUCCCAUUCGAAUCAACGGCAUCGUGCAAUCACCAAUGGACAAGCCCAAGCUGGAGUCGUUCAGCACGUUCCAGAGGCCAUCGCCUGUGCCAACGAGCACGCCGAACGUUCCCGAACUGCCCCCUUUCUGGAACCUCCCUCCGGAGGCGGUGACAGUUGCGGCAGAAUCUUCCCAAACUGUUGGUUCGGACCGUGGGUCUAUUCGGAGUUCCUUGAAGAUGACCACUGAAGAGACAUCGUUCUCAAUAGCGAAUGGAGGCAGCGUUACGAUAGCGUCCUGAGGACCUAAAUAGCUGCAAGUGACUACUGUGUUCACCUUUUCCAAUUGAGUUCCUCGGUGAUAAACUGUCAGUGAUGUUUUAGCAUUCCGAAAACAAGCCGAUUUCUUGCCAGUCAUUCAUUGUUGGCUUGUGCCAUGAGCCCUUUGGUCAACACGAACAUCAACUUUCGGUGAUGCGCUCCGUCUCAUCCGAGAAUCAAGAAGACGCCUAACCGUUGACAUCGUUGCAGUUCGUGAGCGCAAUUACUGUCGGUACGCGGCGACAACUUGGAGCCCCGUGCCAGCACAUUGUCGGCAACGCGUUGCUGGGCGCGAAUGCGUCCAUUUCACGUCACACGAUAGGGCCCUGUUAUCGAGUCCGAAGUUCGUGUCAUGACGCAACCGGCUUUCAGCGAUAAGAAGGUGCAAUACUUGUAAGCAGAAUUACACGUCAAGUCAUCUUGUGGUGUGACUAAAACGGGGCGACAUCGUGUGCCGUUGCGCCGCAAGUGUGUCGAAAAUGUGCCCGGUGUAGUUACCGCUGAAUCCCUAAUAAAAUGGUGGAGCAGAAACCUGAUCAAGAGGGGAGGAUGGCGUGCCUACUGUGCACAGUACAAGGACUUGGAACAGCGUUCUCUACUAGAAUCGUUGGCCUUCAAAUGUGGUGUUGUUUCUCUGAAGAUUAGUGAUCAUAACGCGAUGAAAGUGAGAGACCAGAAACUCGAGGGUGUCAACUUGUUGUUUGUUCUUGUUGUUACGUCUUGCCCUUGAACAUUCAGCCAUAACCUUGGCCAAAAGAAGGAAAAAGCGCCGUUGCCUUGCGCUCUUUACAUUUUGGUGCCGUGGUGUGUUGCUGACUUACGAGUCCCUGUUAAUCGUUUUUGAAGAAAAAAAAAAGGUUUCCAAAUGUCCUACUUGUGCGACAAAUCAAUGUGUAUGAAAUGAACUGGCAGUGAAAAUGUACGGUUGGUCUAUUUUGCCGUCGUCAUCUCCGCUCAUUCAUAUUCAUUUGCUGGUUUCACUAUGCGACACGAAUGAAGGCUCAAGAGUGCCGUCUCGCCUGCUUUAAAAUGCAAUUUGCGCGUCGUAUGAAGAGCUCAGCACCAAAACGAGUCCAUAAAUUUAUUCCAUGCUCUAUUCCUCUCACAUUCUGUGUUCGUCAGGACUUAACAACGCUCGUUUCUCGAGUGCUAUUCUUCACCGACUGGUAGUGCUAACAUAGAGUGCUGCCGUGCAGACAACAAAGGAAGUAAAAAUGACGGCCAAGCAAUCUGUAACUGCGCCCUUGUGCGUGUCUGGACAAAACGUAUGAUCGUCGAAACACCUAAGCAACGCAAAAAGUGAUGUAUUUCGCAUGAUACAAAAAAUCAUAUAUGUCAUCUCCGAAGGGUGAUUUAAAUGUAAUACUAUUGCUAUUAAGAUAUAUUUAUUUGAAAAUGUUCAUCCCCACUUUCAUAUUGUCAUCAAGGGUCCUGGCAGAGGCUCGAAUUUGUCGAAGACAACAUUGAAGCACAAUUAUCGGGAAGAUGAAGCGGCCUAUAGUAUGCUAAUUAGGCUCCUUUACGUAUAUCUGAGCUUACUUUGCCUUAUAACAAAGCUUCUUCGCUGCUUUAUAAAAUCUUGAAACGCUCCUUAAUCUGUCCUCCGCCUUCCCUGCUUGAGCAUUUUGCAGACAUUUACCGAAGAUGUCAUUGAAACGUGCCUGACCAUUAUCUUUAGAUAAGAGUAGUGGCUAGCCCGUUUCCUCGCUUCAAGUUCGAUUCCCAUGACAAGGAAUUGCCGACCCACUUAUCAGACGGAGCGUCACGUGACCUAGCACUUCCGAUGCGCGUACCGCAGAAGAUUAUUGCAGACAACAGCUGUUCGCUGUGCGAUUCCGUGGUGUUCAGACUGGUCGCGCUCGAUGAGAAUAGAUUGGCUAUACAAUCAGUCGCGUACGUUAAUAUUUCAUGAGUAUUGUGUUGCAAGCGUUGAGGGAGAGCACAUGCAUCGUAAUACACUGAUGCUGAUCAGUUCUAAAUUGCUGUGUAUUCCACCCCGAAGUUUGUCGCCAAAGAGCAAGCCUCAAGGCGGCGCGUCAGGCGAGUCGGCAUUCUUGUGGGUCUUCCUCACUCUUUGGGACCUCUUGAGUAUGGCUUCGAGGUGACGGUGACCGCGAACGCCGACCGCGUUGUUGUCGCUGCUGCUCCAGCUUCGUUUCCCUCAAGUUGUCCUUCUUCGCGCCGGGAAGCACUGCCUCGGUCGAAGAGCUCGUCUGAUCUAUGCCUUGCUCGCUCCAGGUGGAGCCGCAGACCGAACUGUCGGUGAGUGCCACCAUCUCGGGC